AUGGAAAAGCGCUCCGGACCGGAGAGGCCCGAGGCCAGCAGCGCCUUCCCUUCCAGCAGGGGAGUGCUGCCUGUGCGGCCGGUGGCUCUGAGGUCUGCAGAGGAGCGAGCGCUCACUGAGGACGGACACUGCUGCGGUGGCCUCCCAAAUGUGAGCGUGCAAAGAGUGGCGAGCGCUCUUCGGAGCACACGGACACUCAGAUCCACUGUUCUCUGUGCCCCCGAGUGUCCAGGUUUGGUGAUAACCAAGUGCCAGCUAAGAGGUUCUGACCUCUGGUCGUGCGAGGACAUAAAGCCCCCCGCAGCCGGGCCUCAAUCCCUUUCCGGAUUAAAGAGUAAGGCUACAAAAGGGAUUGUGCUUGUGCGGAGGGAGCGACUCAGGCCAAGGAAACCCGCGGACCCAACCUCGAAGAAGACAAAGGGCCCAGUCCGGGCUCUGGCGUCCACGCCGCCGGCCCCGCCCGCCCUGCACACCGACUGUCUCCAGCGUCCCUGGGCCGCUUUCUCGGUGGCCUGCAGUUCACCUGCAGUUCUGGUGUCCCUCACCCUUCACAUCGUGUGGAGCUGCCUUAUCCUUGUGUGGUUGUGUUUCUUCGCAGAGAAAGAUAAGAGCCAGCAGGGCAAGAAUGAGGACGUGGGCACCGAGGACCCGUCCAAGAAGAAGAGGCAGCGGCGGCAGCGGACUCACUUUACCAGCCAGCAGCUGCAGGAGCUGGAAGCCACUUUCCAGAGGAACCGCUACCCAGACAUGUCCACGCGCGAGGAAAUCGCUGUGUGGACCAAUCUCACGGAAGCCCGAGUCAGGGUUUGGUUCAAAAAUCGUCGGGCCAAAUGGAGAAAGCGGGAGCGCAACCAGCAGGCCGAGCUAUGCAAGAACGGCUUCGGGCCGCAGUUCAACGGGCUGAUGCAGCCCUAUGACGACAUGUACCCGGGCUACUCCUACAACAACUGGGCCGCCAAGGGCCUCACGUCGGCCUCCCUGUCCACCAAAAGCUUCCCCUUCUUCAACUCCAUGAACGUCAACCCCCUGUCGUCGCAGAGCAUGUUCUCCCCGCCCAACUCCAUCUCGUCCAUGAGCAUGUCGUCCAGCAUGGUGCCCUCGGCGGUGACGGGCGUCCCGGGCUCCAGCCUCAACAGCCUGAAUAACUUGAACAACCUGAGCAGCCCAUCGCUGAAUUCCGCGGUGCCGACGCCCGCCUGUCCCUAUGCGCCACCGACCCCCCCGUACGUUUACAGGGACACGUGUAACUCCAGCCUGGCCAGCCUGAGACUGAAAGCUAAGCAGCACUCCAGCUUCGGCUAUGCCAGCGUGCAGAACCCGGCGUCCAACCUGAGCGCCUGUCAGUACGCGGUGGACCGGCCUGUGUGAGCGGCGGCCUGGGCUGGUGCUGGGCCUGCAGAGACUGGGGACCGCCCAGGAGGUCGGGCACUAAGGCGGGAAGUUGGGGAGGAAAGGAAACCACUGAAUUCAAGAGCGCGCCUUUGAUGUCAAAGGCCUGUCCUGGCCGCGACACCUUUUACCCUUUUACGAAAGUAUUUCCAACAGUUGCAAGGACAGGGACGCAAAUGUUUGACUGGAUAUGACAUUUUAACAUUACUAUAAGCUUGUUAUUUUUUAAGUUUAGCAUUGUUAACGUUAAAAUGACUGAAAGGAUGUAUAUAUAUCGAAAUGUCAAAUUAAUUUUAUAAAAGCAGUUGUUAGUAAUAUCACAACAGUGUUUUUAAAGGUUAGGCUUUAAAAUAAAGCAUGUUAUACGGAAGCGAUUAGGAGUUUUCGCUUGCGAGCAAGGGAAUGUAUAUACUAAAUGCCACACUGUAUGUUUCUAACAUAUUAUUAUUAUAAAAAUGUGUGAAUAUCAGUUUUAGAAUAGUUUCUCUGGUGGAUGCAAUGAUUGUUUCUGAAACUGCUAUGUACAACCUACCCUGUGUAUAACAUUUCGUACAAUAUUAUUGUUUUACUUUUCAG